UAUUGUAAACACAUUCUCUUCCCUUUCUAAUUCUAUUAUCAAUUUUCAUUCACUUGCAGCUUCUGAGGCACACAGACAGAGAAAUGCUGUCCCCUUUGCAGCGGUUCCAGCUAGCUUUAUCACCUUCCUGAUCCCAUUCCCACCUGCCACCGCUUUUUCCGGUAAGCUCUGUAAUUUACGCUUACUCACUCGCCUUAUGUUCCAAGCAUUCUUCCUCCGUCAACGUCUUCAUUACUCCCUCUUCUGUCACUUGUAACCGGACUCCACGGUCUGCAUUAUAUGUUUUUAUGCUCGUGAAGCUUCAAUUUGUAGCCAUUUUCCACUAAGUACUUUGUAGCACUUGCUUGAUCUGUUCAUUUCUGAUUCGGAAGUAAAGAAUCUCGUGCACCUGUGCUUCAAUUGAAGGUCUUGUGAUUCGACGAAUUCAACUGCAUUGAAAGUAAGAAGUUUGAGUGGCAGCCAUGGUUCUAGGCUCAAAAGGGAAGAACCGGAGAGGUGGCACCGUGCAAAUCGAUUGCCUUGUUCACAUUCAAGAGAUUAAGCCAUGGCCCCCAUCACAAUCUCUCAAGUCCCUUCGUUCUGUGUUGAUACAAUGGGAGAACGGCGAGCGCUCUUCAGGGUCUACCAGUCCUGUUUCCCCAGGUGAAGGGAAAAUUGAGUUUAAUGAGUCAUUUAGGCUUCAUGUGACUCUGUUGAAGGACAUGUCUGCCAAGCAUAGUGUUGCUGAUGUGUUCCAAAAGAAUUACUUGGAGUUCAAUUUGUAUGAGCCUCGAAGAGAUAAGAUUGUUAAAGGUCAGUUGCUAGGAACUGCCAUUGUAGACUUGGCAGAUUGUGGCGUUCUUAAGGAGCCCUUGAGUGUUAGUGUUCCAUUGAACUGCAAGAGGAACUACAGAAACACGGAUCAGCCGCUUUUGUAUGUUAAAAUCGAGCCUACCGAAAAGCAUCGGACUAGGUCCUCGUUCAAGGAAAGCAAUCCCAAAGAGGCAUCGAAGGACAACAAAGGUGGUGACUCUGUGUCUACAUUGAUGAAUGAAGAAUAUGCUGAGGAAGCUGAGAGUGCUUCCUUUACUGAUGAUGAUGUUUCCUCCCAUUCAUCUAUUGUAGCAGCUACUACCCCAGAAACUAGUGGGAGUAUACCUCCUCAUUGUGCAGAGAAUGGAGCACAUGGAGCAACCCGAAACAAAGAUAGUAAUGAAAAGGAGCAUACUUUGGCAUCAGAAACAAAGGUUGAAAGAUUGCAACAAGAUACAUGUGAGAAACUAGAGAGUUCAUCUAAUGCAUCAUCCGGAGAUCUGUCCUCUAAUAUCGAAAGCCCGGCAAAUGGUCAACCAGCUAUGGAGAAUACUAGUAAUCACAGCCCAGUGACAAUUCAAAAGCAAGUUGUUGAUUCUUCCUCCCCAUCCUUGGAGGAAAAUUCCAAGAGCAGGUUCACAAACAGUGAUCAUGAAAAUUUGGAUCAGGAGGAUUUUGAAGAGGAUGCUAAUUGUAGAAAUAAAUUUGAAGAUGUUAAAACUAACAGUAAUGGAAGUACUAUUGAUAUCUAUUCAAGGAACACUACAUCUCUUAGUAAUGGCUUUGUGGACAUGACUCCAGGCUCUGUAAACUGUAUUAGUUCAGAAAUCAAUGACAAAUUGAAUGAGCUGCAUGGUGAAGCUGACGAAUCUCACAUGAAGGGGGAAGGAAGUGCUAAAUCUUAUUGUAGUUCUGUUGAGGACAGUAAUGGAAAUGAAAUGUCUGAUUUGGAUAUGCAAAACCAUGUAGGAAAUGAAUCAAUGGCUCAUGGUGUGAAAGACCAAGUUUCAUUAAGUAGCGAUUUAUACUAUCUUGGUGGGUCAGAGAGUCAUCUGAAAGGCAGUAAUAUUAUGAGAAGUGAGAGAUUAAAGCACGUGAAGUCGGUGAGGUCAUCAACAGAAUCAGCUAGGAGUAUUGGAUCACUCAGUAGCAAUCAUCUUUCUGAAGUAAGAGAAAGCCAUAUAGGAGAUGCACAAAACAAUGGAGGGAACAUCCAUGACAAAAGAGAUGCUAAGAUUUAUCCAAGGGAAUCCAGAUCGACCAUUUUUGACAGCAAGGUUGAGAAUUUGGAAAACAAGAUUAAGAUGCUUGAGGGAGAGUUAAGAGAGGCUGCUGCCAUUGAAGCUGCUUUAUAUUCAGUAGUUGCUGAGCAUGGCAGCUCCAUCAGUAAGGUUCAUGCCCCAGCUCGGCGCCUGUCCAGGAUGUACCUUCAUGCUUGUAAAGAAAAUAUUCAAGCAAGAAGGUCUGGGGCUGCUAAAAGUGCUGUUUCAGGUUUAGCACUUGUUGCAAAAGCUUGUGGAAAUGAUGUCCCAAGAUUGACAUUUUGGUUAUCUAAUUCUAUUGUGUUGAGAAUAAUUAUAAGCCAAUCCACCAGAGACAUGGCACCAUCAAGUCCUACCGGUUAUAGUAUGAGAAGGAAGAGAGCAGAGGGGAAUGGAAAAAUAGCUCAACCAUUGGUAUGGAAAGGUCUAUCUGCUAGGAAAAGUGAGAAGACAGCAUAUGGUGCUUUUGGCAGCUGGGAUGACCCAAAUGUAUUCAUCUCAGCACUAGAAAAGGUGGAAGCUUGGAUCUUCUCUCGCAUUGUGGAAUCAAUAUGGUGGCAGCAUCAAAGAAAAGCUUUAGAAGAAUGUCUACCACAUGUGACAAAGAGCAAGGGGAUUUAUCACUUGACAUUUGGAAGAAUGCUUUUAGAGAAGCCUGUGAUAGGAUCUGUCCCAUUCGAGCUGGAGGGCAUGAAUGUGGCUGUUUGUCUCUUCUUCCUAGAUUGAUAAUGGAGCAGUGUGUGGCAAGAUUAGAUGUUGCAAUGUUCAAUGCCAUCCUUCGUGAAUCUGCUGACGACAUCCCAACAGAUCCUGUAUCUGAUCCCAUUGGUGAUCCUAAGGUCCUCCCCAUUCCACCUGGUAAAUCAAGCUUUGGAGCUGGUGCACAGCUGAAAACGGCGAUUGGAAACUGGUCUAGAUGGCUGACUGAUCUAUUUGGUAUCGAUGAUGAUGACGCGCUUGAAGAUAAAGAUGAUGAUGACCAUUACAGCAGUGAUGGAAGUCAAAAUACAUCAUUCAAGGCCUUCCAUCUUCUCAAUGCACUAAGUGACCUCAUGAUGCUCCCUAAGGAUAUGCUGUUAAACGAAUCCAUCAGGAAAGAGGUGUGUCCCAUGUUUAGUGCACCACUUAUCAAGAAGAUUCUGGAGAAUUUUGUCCCGGAUGAAUUUUGCCCCGAUCCAAUUCCACCUGUUGUCUUUGAAGCUCUGGACUCACAGGAUGAUCUCGAAGAUGGAAAUGAGUCUGUCAACUACUAUCCAUGCAUUGCAGCUCCAAUCGCAUAUUCACCUCCCCCUGCAACUUCCAUUGCAAGCAUUACCGCGGAAGUUGGAAGCGAAUCUUACCUGAGAAGAAGUAAAUCUUCCGUUAUCAGGAAGUCAUACACAAGUGACGAUGAACUCGAUGAAUUAAGCUCUCCAUUAUCUUCUAUAUUAUUUAAUGGUUCUUCCUCCUCUCCAGCAUCAGUAAAACCCAACUGGAAGUUGAAGGAUUGUCGCAUUGAAUCCAAUGUCAGAUAUGAAUUGCUCAGGGAUGUCUGGACGAAUAGCGAGUAACCUUUCAGAAAUCAAAUAUUACUAUCUGCGUGUAACUAAUGUUAGAUGCCACUAUGUAAAAUAAUGCCCUCAAGGUUUAGCACAUGUAUUAUAAGCUGGUGUGGUGAUAGUUGCUUGCAUGUAAUUAAAUAACAAAUAAAUAACGAGGGAUAUGUUUAUACCGGUGUAAGUUUUCUUGAGUUA